AUGUUGACGGAGGAUACUCCAAUGGAUUCGGUUGAGAAAGAAAACCUGCGGCGGGCGCAGAAAUACACCAAAGACGCCAAAGUUGGUGAAGGUGCCUACGCCGUGGUUUAUAAAGGAAGGGAGAUAGCAACCGGAAGACAAGUUGCUAUAAAGAAGAUUAAAGUCGGACAAUUCAAAGAUGGAUUGGACAUGUCAGCAGUCCGGGAGGUGAAAUACUUGCAGGAGUUGCAUCAUCCAAAUGUCAUCGAGCUGCUCGACGUAUUUUCGUCAAAGACGAAUCUCAACCUGGUCCUCGAAUUCUUGGACGGUGACCUGGAGAUGAUGAUCAACGACAAAACUCAAAAGUUCCAAGCAGCGGAUAUGAAGAGCUGGAUGGUCAUGACACUACGAGGCCUCGAGUUUUGCCACCGAAAUCACAUUCUCCACCGAGACCUUAAGCCGAAUAACUUGCUGCUUGCAUCAGAUGGUCAGCUCAAGCUCGCAGAUUUUGGUCUCGCGAGGGAUUUCGCUGACCCAGGCCUCAAGAUGACCUGCCAAGUUAUUACAAGAUGGUAUCGACCUCCUGAGCUACUCUUCGGCUGUCGAUAUUACAGUGGUGGCGGUGAUAUGUGGUCUGUUGGGUGCAUAUUCGCCGAAUUGAUGUUGCGAACUCCAUAUCUACCUGGCGAAAGCGACGUUGACCAGAUCAAGACCAUCUUCCGUGCUCUCGGAACGCCUACCGAAGAAGAAUGGCCGGGAUACACAAGUCUACCGGACUAUGUCUCUGUGGGCCACUUCCCUAAAACACCACUCCGCGAUCUGUUCACAGCCGCAAGUAGCGAGGCCAUCAACCUCCUCGCAAAGUUUCUAGCAUACGAUCCGAUGAGGAGGAUAUCAGCCAGAGAGGCCCUGAACCAUGCCUACUUCUUCCAAGCACCGAACGCGACCCACCAUAGCCGGCUCCCAAAGUGUAAGAUUGUCUCAACAGAACCAGAGGAGCCGCCGACGCAUGACAAUGCGAAGAUGGAUCUCAUGAAGAGCUUGACUGCUGGACCAAGCUCGGGGAGGAAAAGAAAGUCGUCGAUUGGUCACGAAGUGGUGUCAAGACCGCCCGCUCUGCGGCACAUGGACGUCGACAAGCACGAGUCUCUUUGA